AUGGCCAAACCUGUUGAGAAAUCUGAAAACAACCAAAUUGACAAAUUGGCAGAAGCUCCACUAGAGUUCGUCAAAGAAGGAUCACAAUUCCUUAACAAGUGUAAAAAGCCUGACACGAAGGAAUACGUCAAAAUUGUGAGAGCUGUUGGUAUUGGCUUUGUUUCAGUCGGUGUGAUUGGUUAUGCCAUCAAACUAAUCCACAUUCCAAUUAGAUACCUAAUCGUGUAG